AUGAGUUCUAGAAGAGACGGAGGUGGUGUAGUGAAAAGGGUGAACAAUCCAGUCAUCUACUCUGUCGAUUGUAACAACCUGAGGGUGAGGUUCAGUUCUCCGGCAAGCGAAGAAGGGAAACGUCGUUUGCGGUCACCAUCACCAAAACUUCGUCCAUCGCCUAUGCAUCCACGACCGACGGAGGAUUCACGAAUGGCAGCAGGUGUCAAUCGUCAGCAGUCCCUGGACAGUUCUAUGCGUCAGGACGUGUGCGAUGGAAGCUGCUUACAUGAAGAAGAGUCCACUCGAUCACUCCCAAGAUCACGCUCCCAGACCCUGCACUCUCGCAUUCCUGCUCCUUCUACAAGUUAUCGCCUAAGGAAUCGUAUGAACGUUGAAGAAGAGUAUGAGCAGACGCCUCCACGGGUUGGUCCGAUAAAGAGGACAACAGCACCGACGACGAGGAGAUUACGAAGCGAGAGCACGCAGCUGAAUACUUCUAUGUCCUAUGCAUCACCAUUGCCGGUAUGUUUUGAGUGUAGUUAUUAG